ACCUGGUCCUUGUUAUCUUGUUAAAAAUAGACAUCACUUGGGACUUUUCUCCAGCUAUCACCCCUGACCACUGGCCAAGCUGGCUGGGACUGAUGGGAGUUGGAGUUCAACAACAUCUGGGGUAGGGAACUACAACUCCCUUCUUCCUUGACCAUUGCCCAUGCUGGCUGGGGUUUGCUGGGGAGUUGUCGUUCAACAGCAGCCAGAAGCCACCAAGAUUGGGAAGGCUGUAUUGGGACAGUAAAGAAGCAAGAGAAACGUCAUCUGCCCUGGCACAGGUGAGAGCUUUACUGGAUGGUUGUCCACUAUCACUGGUGGAACCUCUACAAGGAACUUCCCCUCUGGUGGCUCAUAGAAAAAGCUGGGACCCUCUCUCAGUCAGUAGACUCAGAGGUAAGUCACACCAGAUUAGCUGGAUAUAUGCCUGAGUUUAAAAAGUUUAGGAUCUGGGUUGUAGGUGGCUAGGCACAGCCCUUCCCCAGCCCUUUCCUCCUUGUGUGUGUGCACGCCUGCCAGGUGCUCUGAGCCUGGGUGAGGGAGGCAAGCUCCCCCUCCUGGGCUCUUAGUGUUGGCAGCAAGCAGCCUCUCCCACCAGCUGGAGCUGGCUGGGCGCCUGUAGGCCAGCCAGCCAGCACUGCCUGCCCCUCCCUUCCCUCCCCCCCAAGGGAUCUGCUCAGAGGCCGGAUGCAAAGAGGCUCAGAGCUGGAGCAGCUCUGCCGGGCUUCACACCACUGCAGGGAGAGGGAAGAAUCAGCAGGCAAGAAGAAAGGGGUGUACUCUGCACAUACCCACCGCUUUGCCUUGGACAUGCUUAGUAUCAAGUGGAAGCCAAGGGAUUGAGGCCAUCUGUGGACUGAUCUCUGAGGGAACUGUGCAUCUUCUAGAUCUGCUGCCUGGGGGCACUAGAUUUACCUAUCUGCCCUGAACUGCGCUGAAAUCCACUAUAAUGUUCCAUGGGACAUGACACUUUGAGAUCUACCAUGCCUCACUGGAACUUGUCGUUUUGCUUUAGUGUCUGAUGUGCUGCGCCAGGAUCUGUUGGGCCUUCCCACUGCUGUGCUGUUGAGCCCCACAAGGUAGGAUGGUGCCAGGUGAGAGGAAGGCUGCUGGGCCCGUCCUUUUCUGGACCUGUGACCAUGAAACAGAGCCUUGUGAGUAGGCCCGGGUGAGACUUGGGAGCCUGUGAACCUUGCACAGGUAGCUUUGGGCACCCCCAUGGCCUGGUCUGGGGAUGCGUGGUAUGGAGCCACAGCAAAAUGGAUCUGGCAAUCAGAGUGACCAGGCACCCGCUGAGCUCCCGCACUCGCCUCUUGGCAUGGCACUCAUCCUGGUGGCCGUGCUGGUCAUGGCACUUGUGACCCUACUGGGGAAUGUGUUGGUAGUGCUGGCCGUGUACACCAGCCGGGCCCUCCGGGCCCCGCAGAACCUCUUCCUGGUGUCUCUGGCUGUGGCAGACAUCCUGGUGGCCACCCUUGUCAUCCCCUUUUCCUUGGCCAAUGAGGUCAUGGGCUACUGGUGCUUUGGCGGCUUUUGGUGCAGCCUCUACCUGUCGCUGGACGUGCUCUUCUGCACCGCCUCCAUCAUGCACCUCUGUGCCAUCAGCCUGGAUCGGUACUGGGCCGUCACCCGCGCUGCCCGGUACAACCUCAAAAGGAGUCCCCGGAGGGUCAAGUGCAUGAUUGGGGCUGUCUGGGCCAUUUCUGCCUUGGUGUCCUUGCCACCGCUUUUCAAGUCAACGCACCAGGACCAGCUGUGCUUGCUGCACGACGACACCUGGUACGUGCUGGCCUCUUGCACUGCCUCCUUCUAUGCCCCCUGCCUCAUCAUGGUCGCUGUCUACUGCCGGAUCUACCACGUAGCCAGGCACAGGAACUCGGUGGUCAUUGCUGCGAGACGUGUCUCCUACCCCAACCUUAUCACUGCAGCAAAGUGCGACGCCCGCAGAGUGAGCACCCAGCACCCUGGGGAAGCGCAAAAUGCAGGCUCGGAGCACGGCCAGCUUCCCCACCCCCAGCUUAGCUUGCCCCGGCUCUCUCGGCAGUGGAGGGCAGAAGAGAUUGGCAACAGUGCCAGGUCACAGAGGACCCCCAGGCUUUCUUGGUCAGUUCCCUCUAGCCGGCAGCAGCGCAGGAGCAGGGACAUGUCCGUCUCCACCAACCGCCUGGUGCAGGCAAGAGAACGCCGGUUCACCUUUGUCCUGGCUUUCAUCAUUGGGGCUUUCGUGCUCUGCUGGUUCCCGUUCUUCUUCACGUACAGCCUCGAGUCCGUGCUCGGGGAAGGCUGCUGCAUCUCCAAGCCUCUCUUCAAGUUCUUCUUCUGGAUUGGCUACUGCAACAGCAGCUUCAACCCCAUCAUCUACACCGUCUUCAACCGGGACUUCCGGCGGGCCUUCCAGCAGCUUCUCUCCCAUGCCGACCCACUUACAUGCAGGAAGUGAGGACUCGUCUGCUAGAGGGCUGUUUGGGGAGGUGGAGAGAGGUGUUGGCGUGCAGGCUGGGGUUCUGGGG